UUUUUCGGGAACAAUUGCUAAAUGUUCAGGUUGUAGAUGAUUGAGUCGGAAAUGUUUCAUGCAUGCCGAUGCGAUUGUCAUUGCUUGUCUUAAAAUAUCAAUUCCCUCUUUUUCUGCUCCAGGUUGUGUGUUUUUCUUUUUGCUGAUUUCCGUAAAUUUUUUUCUAAAGGCAAUCAAUGCUUCUGUAAGUAUUUGUACAUCGUUUGUGCAAUAUUCAGCCAAAGCUUCAUCCAAACAAAAUUGA